AUGUCUUCAGAAGCCCCAUUGGACACAGAGCUCAGCAGAAGAAGCCUCAAGAAGCAAUGCUCGUUCACCAUCGAGAACAUUCUCUCCAGCCCAACAGAGAGAAGCCCCCAGGUUCUGGUCCCGUUCUGUCUCCAGGGGAUCUUGGACUGUGAGCCCAAGGGGUUGUGUGGGCUGGAGGCCAUCGCUGCUGGCUCUCUGCAGGAGGAGGAGGAGGAGGAAGAAGAAGAACUGGAAGCUGCUGGGUGCAGCUGCUGUUGCUGUUCUCAUGCAAGCACCCGUUCCCUGCAGGAUUCUUCAAAUUGGCUAGACACCAGGUUCCCCUGGCCCAUGAGGCUAAUUCAUCCCACUGCCAGAGCGUGUAAGAAUCUUCGUGGGAGCCAGAAUGAGCUGCAGACCUUCCACCAGAUCCAAAGGCGGACCCGCCGGCACCGGACCAUCUUCACUGAAGAUCAGCUACAGGCCCUGGAGGCACUUUUCAACCAGAACCAGUACCCAGAUGUUAUCACCAGAGAGCACCUGGCCAACCGCAUCCACUUGAAGGAGGAGAGAGUAGAGGUUUGGUUUAAAAAUCGACGGGCCAAGUGGAGGCAUCAGAAAAGAGCUUCUGCUUCGGCUCUGCUCCUUCAAGGCACCAAGAAACCCUCGGAGGAGAACUGCUAAGGGACUGACACUAAAGGCUCACAGGGUUCCUGUGAAAAGCACCAGUUGCCCUGAUCCACUGGGUUUGCAGCAAGGUGGGACAGAUGGAAGAGGAGCGGGGCUGGAGGGGGAAAGCAGUGAGGGAAUCUCCUGAUUCGAUGGGGUAAAGGGCAGGGAAAGGGAGGUGCUGUAUUUUCAAGUCUUUAGCUUUUUCAUCCAAAAAAAGUUCAUCUCGUGACAAAUACAACAAACGAGUCGCAGGGCAUGUUCCUCAAAAGCUUAAGCUGAAAAGUUGCCAAAUGCCAAAGGCGGGGAUAGCGCUUGCCCCAACGUUAGUGUUGUAGCUGCAUGUGUGGAUGACGGAGAAAGAUUUCUCUCAUCUUGUCUUUGUUCCUGUACAGAUAGCGUUGUGCCUGUUUUGUUGUUAUAAAGUAGAUUCGGAGACCAUACUGGAUAAUGGCCUGGGGUUUACAUUGUUUUUACAAGCAGCAAAGAGUCCUGUGGCACCUUAUAGAC